UUCAAGGCUGUGUUUGUUUAUGGACCACUCAAAUUUAAAGGGGGCCAAAACAAAGGGUCACCAUUGGUCAUUCCCAACAAGUUUAAUCCUCAAAUAUCACUCCUUUAAUUAAUGUUUUUGUUUUAGUUAUCAAAUUCAAUCUCACAUCUUUACAUACAAAAAGCAUAUUUGUUAUUGUGAUAAAAUAUAAAAUGGCUCAAAGGCAUAGGAGAAGACAGGUUGGAGUAUGUGUUGUUGUUUUUUUUUUUUUUUUUAUAAUUUUAUUUUUUAAUUACUGCCUUUGUUGUCGUUUCAAGGACAAGAACAAAAUACAUGCAUUGAAAUAAUUGAACGACCCCUCCAAGAACCAAAAAGGCUUACUUUAGCUUUGACCCUUCUUUUCUCUCUCUUUUCAUGGUAGACCCAACCCCUCCAACACACUCUCUGUCAAAAAGCUCAUCUCUUUCUCUCUCUCUCUUUUAAAGUCUUUCUCUUUCUCGCUUCCUUUUUUUUUCUUUUCUUUUCUCUCCACAUAUUUUCAGGGAAGAUGAGGAAGAUAUUACUUCUUUUUAUAUUAUGUCUCUCUCUACAGUAAUUUAGUCUGAAUGAGAGAGAAAGUUGGUUUCUUUUUGCUCCACUUCUAAAGCAAAGGCCUUUUAAAUUUCUGAUCUUUGAAACUAUAUUCAGGUGGUAUUUUUCUGUUCUUUCAGCUGUCAAAAUCAGUUUGAUGUUGUUGUUGGAGAUGGAAGUAACUAGGAUUGCUGGUGGACGGAACUGUGCAUUUAUGAUUGGGGUUAAGUAAUGGAUUUGUAUAUAGUCCAAUCAAAGUAACAAGUUUUCCUUCUUUCGAUGGCCUCAAAAUCCGGUGCCAGACCUUUCCCAGAAAAGCAGAAGAAACCAUUUGGUAACCAAACAGCUGAAGGGAAUUCUCGUCGGCCUACUCCUAUACAAAACACAAAGACAAGCAAAUCGGAGCCGGUUACACCAAGGACAGUACCUAAGAGUGUGCAGCAAGUUGCAUCCAAGCAAGAUUCUGUUGAAAUCACAGAGGAUAUAAAACCAUUGAAACCUCAUAAAUUAGAGUCCAUUGAUUCCUUGACAAAGAAAGUAGAUUCAGGUCUAUCGUUGAGUAAUCCAAAAGAAGUUCCAAAUCUUGUUGAUUCUGAAGUGAGUCAGAUUGGUGGAUUGCCAGAAGGUUCUGGUGAACAAGAAACGAAAGCAUCAGAACAUGGAAUUAAUUCAGCUUCAGCUAAAUCCAGUGAUGGGGCCACCAGUCUUGUCAAGACUUGUGGAAAUGCCAAAGUUGGUGAUCGUCCAGAUUAUAUUGAGAGUGGUAAGAGCAGUAUGUGUAGAGGUAGCACAAGCAGUGAUGUAAGCGAUGAAAGUUCUUGUAGCAGCUUAAGUAGCAGUAUCAACAAGCCUCAUAAGGCAAAUGAUAUAAGGUGGGAAGCCAUACAGGCUGUCCGAGCAAAAGAUGGUGUAUUGGGUUUGAACCAUUUCAGAUUACUAAAGAGAUUAGGUUGUGGGGAUAUUGGAAGCGUCUAUCUUUCAGAAUUAAGUGGAACAAAGUGUUAUUUUGCAAUGAAGGUGAUGGACAAAGCAUCUUUAGCAAGUCGUAAGAAACUUCUUCGAGCUCAAACAGAGAGGGAAAUACUACAAUCCCUGGACCAUCCCUUCCUUCCAACAUUGUAUACCCAUUUUGAGACUGAUAAAUUUUCAUGUUUAGUGAUGGAGUUCUGCCCUGGGGGUGAUUUGCAUACACUACGACAAAGACAACCAGGAAAAUAUUUUACUGAGCAAGCAGUAAAGUUCUAUGUAGCAGAGGUUCUUCUUGCUUUGGAAUAUCUCCACAUGCUUGGUAUUGUUUAUCGUGAUCUCAAGCCGGAAAACGUUCUUGUUCGAGAAGAUGGACACAUAAUGCUUUCCGACUUUGAUCUUUCCCUCCGUUGUGCUGUCAGCCCAACACUAGUCAAGUCAACCACACUUGAGUCUGAACCCUUGCGAAAGAAUCCAGUUUAUUGUGUACAACCAGCUUGUAUUGAGCCCUCCUGCAUCCAGCCAUCAUGUGUGGCCCCUACAACAUGUUUUUCACCCCGCUUCUUCUCAUCAAAACCGAAAAAAGACCGCAAGCUGAAGAAUGAAAUGGGGAACCAAGUCAGUCCAUUGCCUGAGCUUAUUGCUGAGCCAACCAAUGCUCGCUCCAUGUCUUUUGUAGGAACCCAUGAGUACUUGGCACCUGAAAUUAUCAAAGGUGAGGGACAUGGAAGUGCUGUUGAUUGGUGGACUUUUGGGAUCUUCUUAUAUGAGCUAUUGUUUGGUAAAACUCCUUUCAAAGGGUCCGGGAACCGAGCAACCCUCUUCAAUGUUGUAGGGCAGCCCUUGAGAUUCCCAGAAUCACCAGUAGUAAGUUUUUCAGCUAGAGAUUUGAUAAGGGGCUUGCUGGUCAAAGAGCCACAGCAUAGAUUGGCAUAUAAGCGAGGAGCUACAGAAAUUAAGCAACAUCCUUUCUUUGAAGGUGUAAAUUGGGCCUUAAUUCGUUGUGCAAGUCCCCCGGAGAUUCCAAAACCAGUUGAGAUCGAGCGGAUUCCAGCCCCGACAUCAUCAGCUGGUGAUAAAGCUGUUGUUCCUGCUGCCAAGGAUCAGAAUAACUAUCUGGAAUUUGAUUUCUUUUAAUCAUUCUGAGCACCAUUUUCCUGUCUGUUUUCCUUUCUAUUUUCAAUUUGAGAGAAAUGUUGAUGCUGUGCUAAGUGGAAAAACAUCAUGUUGGUUCUGCAAUAUAUCUUUUCAUGAGAAUUGUAGCUUCCCUAAAGGCUAUUGUCUUGAUUUUCUCCAAGAUGUUAUAGAAGGAUCAAAUGUUCAAAGAUCUUGCAAGUGUCUUACCAUCUCUUCUGCCCCUCUGUCCCUCUUCAAUGUUGGAAACUCAUUUUUAAGCCUCUCUCAAAAUAUUCAUGAACAUGCGAUUCACACAGAUACAAUAAGGUAAAACCAAAACUUUCAGUCCCUGAGGUUUCCAUUUCCUCCAUUUCAUUUGGUUAAGAUCCUCUAAAAGAUCAAAGAGGCUAUACUUUUCCCUUCAUUCUUCCCACUUGAGGAACUUCAAUAAUUGAAAAGGAAAUGGAAGAAAAGAUCUUUCCAUCCUUAACAAAGUAACAUCACAUCCUCUCAAAACAUCUCAG